UGACCCUCCCUCUCGUGUCUCAGUGCGCAGACUCUCUGUCAGGCAGCAGGCUGACAGUAUGGCGGCGGUGUGCAGCUGGAGGAAGGAUGCUACUGUCGCCCGUCAUGUGUCAAUCGCCGGUAGGACGUAAAUGGAAAUUUGACGGGAAAAACAGAAGAAGGAUUUAACGAGACAGGCUUGUGGCCGUGAGCUCCAAAGAUGUCGAGACUCGCCGACUACUAUCUGGUGGUCGGUUACGAUCUCGACAAGCGAGCCGUCGAGGGUGAAGGUCAAGGUCGCAUUCUCCAGCGGUUUCCUGAGAAAGACUGGGAGGACAGCCCCUUCCCACAGGGCGUAGAGCUGUUCUGUCAGCCCACUGGUUGGCAGCUGUAUACUGAGCGACAGCCUGCCUCUUUCUUCGUGGCGGUUUUGACCGACAUCAACUCUGAGCGUCACUACUGUGCCUGCUUCACCUUCUGGGAGGGCCUGGACAACCCACAGCUGCAGAAGUCUGAGACCAGCGAGGCGGACGAGGUGGAGGACGAUCUCUCCGUCGUCAGAGCCGCUCAAGUCUUCGCCCCCAAGAGCCUGGUGCUGGUGUCCCGUCUGGACUACACCGAGGUGUUCAGGAACUGCCUGGGUCUGAUCUACACCGUCCACGUAGAUGGCCUCACUGUCCCCAUGGAAACGGUGGUUGGAAAUCUCCUCACAUGUAUCAUCCCCAUCGCUGGAGGCUCUCAGGUGGGACUCUCUCCUUUCUUGCGUUGCUCAGCAGUGGAGCUUCUUCAGCCGGCGACAGAGGAGGCUCCAGUUUGUAGUUUACUAAAGGUUCCUCAGGCGUGUGAUUGGCUGCUGGCCUGUCUCCAGCCGGGCCAGGAGGAGACGGAGGAGAGUUUGAGAACGAUCACAUUAGGUGCUGGCGACCGGCAAGUCAUCCAGACUCCCAUCGAUGACGCACUUCCUGUUAGCGGCAGCACCGUGGCGCAGCUCUUCAGACAGCUCGGCAUCGUGAACGUUUUGUAUCUGUUCUGCGCCGCGCUGACGGAGCACAAGAUCCUGUUUCUGUCCAGCAGCUACCAGAGGCUGACGGACGCCUGCAGGGGGCUGCUGGCCAUCAUGUUCCCCCUCAAAUACAGCUUCACCUACGUUCCCAUCCUGCCGGGGAAACUUCUAGAAGUCCUGAGCACCCCGACCCCCUUCAUCAUCGGGGUCAACUCCGUCUUUCGCUUGGAGACACAAGAGCUGUUGGACGUGAUCAUCGCUGACCUGGAUGGCGGCACGGUGACGAUCCCAGAGUGUGUCCACAUCUCGCUGCUGCCGGAGCCCAUCCUCCAGCAGACCCAGACCGUGCUCUCCAUGGUAGGAGCUCUGAACACACUCAUAACACAGACAUAAUAAUAAUAGCUAUAAUAAACUUUAUUUGCAGCCCAAAGUGCUUUACAGAACAAGAAGAAAACAUAACAAUAUUAAAAUAAAUCAUCA